AUGAAGCUUUCCACGACUUUUGGUAUUUCUGUGAUGCUGGCCGGUGCAGGUCUCCCCGGUGUUUCGGGCCACUACGUCUUCUCAAAGCUCAUCGUGAAUGGGGAGAAGACCAAUGACUUCGAGUAUAUCCGUCGGAAUAGCAAUGGCUACCAGCCCACCCCUGCUUCCGAUAUUCUCAACGAUGAUUUCCGUUGCAACCAGGGCUCCAUGUCAUCUGCCGCCGGCACCAAGGUCUACAAGGCUGAACCCGGCGCUGAGAUUGGCUUCGAGUUGGCCUAUGGCGCCACCAUGAAGCACCCAGGACCACUGCAAAUAUACAUGUCCAAGGCCCCCGGUGAUGUCACGCAAUACGACGGUUCAGGCGACUGGUUCAAGGUCUACCAGGAAGGACUGUGCAACGACAUCUCGCAAAAGGGUCUCGAAGACAAAGACUGGUGCACCUGGGACAAGAACCAAGCGUCUUUUAAGAUUCCGUCCGACCUCCCUGCGGGCCAGUACCUUGUCCGUGUGGAGCACAUUGCCCUCCACCGAGGCUUCUCGGGCAACGCCGAGUUCUACUUCACCUGCGCCCAGAUCGAAGUCGGCGGCAAUGGCUCUGGAGACCCCUCGCCCACUGUUAAGAUUCCCGGUGUCUACCAGCCUGAUGAUGAGAAUAUCCACUACAAUAUUUACAUGCACCCCACGUCUUAUUCUCUGCCUGGGCCUUUGGUGUGGGAGGGUGGCUCCAGCGGCAGUAUGGGCUCCAGGAGCAACAGGGCUUAUAACAGCAACAAUGUUCCUAACACUUGCUCGUGA